CCUACUGCCCCUCGUUCAGGUACUUGUUAUGUUGGCGAAGACCAUUUAUCGUUAACGGGAAACUGAAGGAGUCUCCUUCCGAAAAAAACAAUUACAACCCAUUGCCUAGAGACGUAAGUUCUAUUACCUGCUGUGUUAAUGUGGACAUGGGGAGCGGUAAUUGCCAUUCUCUAGAAAUACCACCAGGAAAAGGACCGCACAAUGUAGGAUGCACCGACCUUAUGAUGGACCACACAAUUCAGGGAUCCUUCCUUCGUAUUUAUUAUCCUUGUGAAACAUCAGUAAGUCAUGAACAGCCAGCAUGGAUUCCAAGCAAAGAGUAUUUUUCAGGGCUUGCAGAUUUCAUGAAAAUUGGUAGAACGUUAGGUUAUUGGAGUAUUGAUUACCUAUUUGGUUCUUAUAAGAUUCCUGCUGAGUGGAAUGCACCUUUUAAGACAGGAAACAAGUACCCACUAAUUAUUUUCUCUCAUGGAUUGGGAGCAUUCAGAACCCUGUAUUCUGCCAUCUGUAUAGAAAUUGCUUCUCGGGGAUUCAUAGUUGCUGCGGUGGAACACAGAGAUGAAUCUGCUUCAGCCACAUACUAUUAUAAAGAAAAAACAACAAAGAACAAACAGGUUGUAGUUCCAAACUCAAGUCAUGUUUCAGCAGAUCUCGAAGCGAAUUGGCUCUAUUACAGAUCUCUGAAACAAGGGGAACUUGAAUUUCCACUUAGAAACAAUCAGGUGCAACAGAGAGCAAAUGAAUGUAUAAAAGCUUUACAUCUGCUCACUGACAUCAACAAAGGAAGCAUUGUGUUAAAUGCCCUAAAGCUGCAUUUUGAUUGGACCAAAUUAAAGGGUUCUAUUGAUAUCUGCAGAACAGCAAUCAUGGGACAUUCAUUUGGAGGAGCUACGGUCAUUCAAUCUCUCAGCAAGGAGCCAGUGUUUAAAUGUGGUAUUGCUUUAGACUCAUGGAUGUUACCCCUGGAUGAUGAUGUGUACUCUAAAGUUAAUCAGCCCAUUCUUUUUAUUAACUCUGAAAAAUUUCAGUGGGUUGGAAAUAUCUUAAAAAUGAAAAAGCUGGAUUCAGAACGCAUAGACCGAAAAAUGAUUACAAUCAAGGGAACAGUGCAUCAGAGUUUCCCCGAUUUUACAUUCUUAACAGGCAAUUGGAUUGGAAAGCUUUUCAAAUUAAAGGGAGACAUCGACCCCAUCACAGCCAUGAAUCUCUGCAAUAGAGCAUCACUUGCAUUUCUUCAAAGACACUUAGAUCUUCACAAUGACUUUGACCAGUGGGAUUCACUUAUUGAUGGGAAAGAUGAAAACCUUAUUCCAGGCACCAAUAUUCAGCUCCCUCCAGAGCACAAUACAACAGCACAAGACUACAGUGUCAACAAAUAAUCACAAUCUUUCAGUUAGCCAAGCAGCACAAUUGUGAUUUUUUUUUUAAUAAUGUUUUUAAAAUGUGAAAUCUUUUGUGUAAAUAAGAUGGAAUCUAAAUUUGUCAUUCACAAAAAACUAAAUACAUACAGGAAACAGUUUGGUCCAGCAAUUACCCAGUGACAUGAUGGAAGCUCUAGGUCUGAAUUUUAAUAUAUAUGUAUAGAAACAAGGCAUAGAUCAGAACAGUGCUGGUAGCUUUCUGCAUUAAGUUAAAUUGGUAUUGUUAAUUUCCUCAGCAACACAAUGCAUCAAAGUCUGACAAGAAGCUAAGCAAAGCUUAGUAUUUGGAUUUUCUUAAUUUAUUUGUUGCACCUGCUAUUUGCUACCUAAGCCUAAUACGCAAUUCUAAAUACAUAAACGUGUACUAAAGUAGACUUGUAACAAUACAUCCAAAAAUAGCACACUAAAAAAGAAAGGAUUACACCCAAACCUACAGUCCAUCUGUACACUGCUUAAAAAUGAGACCCUUCUCUGGUUCAUACUGCACAGUUGUGAACCUCAAAUGAUGGCUGAUUUCUGAAAGUGCAUUGAACUAUUUGAUUUUAUUUUUAAUCAUUUAGCAUUAGUCAAGCCAUAAUAAAUAACUGAUUUGACUUAA